AGGCCAAUCAUAUUUCUGGAUUUCUUCAUUUUCAGGCGUCUAUUCCAAACCUGUACUAGAGGGGUGUUCUGAUUGGCCACUGAUCACGAAGAGGGCGUCCUAUCGAUAAGAAACCCCCGCGCAUUUAUAAUUCACGAUUUUGGGAGCUUCAUUUUUGCAACAUCCCAUCGCGAGAAGUCGCUGUUUCUGCUGCUGAGAAAGACAGAAUUGACACCAAUCAAUCAAAUCCAGCAUCAUGGGUGAAGCUCCAGCUCCGAAAGAGCAUCUGCUCAUUGUCUUCUUUCGGGAUCAGCCAACCGCGCAGCUCGAGUACGUCCAGCGCAAAUUCCCAGAGGCCGAAGUGACAUUUCACAAGAUCAAAAUGGGUGCCCCCGUUCCCAAAGAAUUGGCUCAAAAGGCCACUCUCCUCGUGACAUUUACCAACCUACCUAACCCAGAAGAUGCGCAGAAUCUCAAGCUCAUUCAUACUUUCUCCGCCGGACUCGAUCACCUCCUCGGCCACCCAAUCCUUCAAUCUACGAACAUCCCCAUCUCCACCAGCUCUGGUAUCCAUGGUCCUCCUAUCGCAGAGUGGGCUGUUAUGAACUGGAUGGUGGCAUCGAGAAAGUUUAUCGAGUCAUAUGAAGCACAAAGGGCACAUCGCUGGGCCUCUGUGAAUGAAUAUUUCGAUGGCUUGAGCGAUCAGGUGGGCAAGAGGGUUGGCAUUCUGGGAUAUGGAAGUAUCGGGCGACAAAUUGCCCGCGUUUCCGCCGCCUUGGGAAUGACCGUAUAUGCCUACACAGCCUCUCCCCGCACUACACCCGAGUCUCGUCGCGAUAACGGCUAUAUUGUCCCCGGAACUGGUGACGCAGACGGUUCGAUCCCGGUAUCCUGGCACCAUGGCACAGAUAAAGCCUCCAUCCACUCUUUCCUCUCCCUUGGCCUCGACCACCUCGUCAUCGCUAUCCCUCUAACACCGCAAACAACCAAACUCAUCGGUGCCGAAGAAUUCGCCCUCCUCUCCGCAAAGAGCACCAACCCUUACACUAAACCAUAUGUGACCAACAUUGCCCGAGGCAAGGUCAUCGACCAGGAUGCUCUGAUUGCAUCACUCAAGUCUGGCGAGUUAAGUGGUGCAGCGGUGGAUGUGACGGACCCUGAACCACUCCCGGAAGAUCAUCCAUUGUGGGACGCACCGAAUGUGCAUAUCAGUCCGCAUGUCAGUUCGCUUGGGCGGGAGUAUUUCCCGCGGUCGGUAGAUAUCUUACGAUUGAAUGUUGAUCGGUUGCGAAAGGGAGAGGAGAUGGUUAAUGAAUAUAAGAGGGAGAAGGGAUACUGAAUGGUAUGCGACAUCGAUGAUUGCAUUGUAUAUAACUAGACAUAUAUUGAGUUGCAUACCGAUUAGAUAGACCAGUGGCGGCAUUCUUAAGCGUCCGCAAGACUGGUUAUUAGAUGGUCAUGCAUCUAACAGUAUAUAUUUCAUUCUUCCUCAAAUCAUCCCACAAAUCCCAAUCCAUUCAACAGACUUACGCCAAAUAACACCUCGCAGUCUCCUCCACAAAAACACCAAUAAACCCACUCCCCAACACAGCCCAGGUCCACGGAUUCGCCAGCUCCGA